GCCAGGGCCUUCCCCUGCCUUGGAGGUCUUUCCUGUCUUGAUGUUGCAAGGCUGGCUGCUUCCUCCACGACUAGCCUCCAAGAGAGCUGAGAUUUGGGGAAAAGAGGAAGUGACCCUGGAGGCUGGGUCUCUUCUCCUGGAGAGCCGGAGGUGCCGCGAGCUCCUGACCCUCCUCCCGUCCUUCUCGCCAGCGGUUCGCCAGUCUGCCGCCACUUCCCCUGUGCAGCAGGCUCCAGAAGCAGCGCCAGAACCUGCUAUGGACUUCCUGCUCCUGCUCCUCCUCCUGGCUUCAUCUGCUCUAGCAGGCCUGGCCUCGUGGACGGUCUCCACCCCCGAGACCGUGCAGGGCAUCAAGGGCUCCUGCCUCAUCAUCCCCUGCACCUUCGGCUUCCCGGCCAACGUGGAGGUGCCCCAUGGCAUCACAGCCAUCUGGUACUAUGACUACUCAGGCAAGCGCCUGGUAGUGAGCCACUCCAGGAACCCGAAGGUGGUGGAGAACCACUUCCAAGGCCGGGCCCUGCUGUUGGGGCAGGUUGAGCAGAGGACGUGCAGCCUGCUGCUGAAGGACCUGCGGCCCCAGGACUCGGGCUCCUAUAACUUCCGCUUUGAGAUCAGCGAGGGCAACCGCUGGUCAGAUAUCAAAGGCACAGUGGUCACCGUGACAGAGGUGCCCAGCAUGCCCACCAUUACCUUGCCAGCCAAGCUGCAUGAGGGCAUGGAGGUGGACUUCAACUGCUCCACUCCCUAUGUGUGCCCGACGGAGCCGGUCAACCUACAGUGGCAAGGCCAGGAUCCCACCCGCUCCGUCACCUCCCACCUCCAGAAGCUUGAGCCCUCGGGCACCAGCCACAUGGAGACCCUGCACAUGGCCCUGUCCUGGCAGGACCAUGGCCGGAUCCUGAGCUGCCAGGUCUCAGCAGCCGAACGCAGAAUGCAGAAGGAGAUUCACCUCCAAGUGCAGUAUGCCCCCAAGGGUGUGGAGAUCCUUUUCAGCCACUCCGGACGGAACGUCCUUCCAGGUGAUCUGGUCACCCUCAGCUGCCAGGUGAAUAGCAGCAACCCUCAGGUCAGUUCCGUGCAGUGGGUCAAGGACGGGACGAAGCUCAAAGACCAGAAACGUGUACUGCAGUUGCCCCGGGCAGCCUGGGCUGAUGCUGGCGUCUACACCUGCCAAGCCGGGAAUGCCAUGGGCUCUUCAGUCUCACCCCCGGUCAGCCUCCACGUCUUCAUGGCUGAGGUCCAGGUAAGCCCGGCCGGCUCCAUCCUGGAGAACCAGACGGUGACGCUGGCCUGCAAUACACCUAAGGAAGCGCCCAGCGAGCUGCGCUACAGCUGGUACAAGAACCACGCCCUGCUGGAGGGCUCUCACGGCCGCACCCUCCGGCUGCACUCAGUCACCAGGACGGAUUCGGGCUUCUACUUCUGCGAGGUGCAGAACGCCCAGGGCAGAGAGCGCUCUCGCCCUGUCAGCGUGGUGGUCAGCCACCCACCCCUCACCCCGGACCUAACUGCCUUCCUGGAGACACAGGCGGGGCUGGUGGGCAUCCUCCAGUGCUCUGUGGUCAGCGAGCCCCCAGCUACUCUGGUGUUGUCACACGGGGGCCUCAUCUUGGCCUCUACCUCCGGGGAGGGUGACCACAGCCCACGCUUCAGUGUCGCCUCUGCCCCCAACUCCCUGCGCCUGGAGAUUCAAGACCUGGGGCCAACAGACAGUGGGGAAUACAUAUGCUCAGCCAGCAGUUCUCUUGGGAAUGCGUCCUCCACUCUGGACUUCCAUGCCAAUGCAGCCCGCCUCCUCAUCAGCCCAGCAGCAGAGGUGGUGGAAGGGCAGGUGGUGACACUGAGCUGCAGGAGCAGCCUGAGCCUGAUGCCUGACACCCGUUUUUCCUGGUACCGGAACGGGGCCCUGCUUCUCGAGGGGCCCAGCAGCAGCCUCCUGCUCCCAGCAGCCUCCAGCACAGAUGCCGGCUCAUACCACUGCAGGGCCCAGAACAGCCACAGCGCCAGCGGGCCCUCCUCACCUGCUGUUCUCACCGUGCUCUACGCCCCACGCCAGCCCGUGUUCACUGCCCAGCUGGACCCUGAUACUGCAGGAGCUGGGGCUGGACGCCAAGGCCUCCUCUUGUGCCGUGUGGACAGCGACCCCCCAGCCCAGCUGCAGCUGCUCCACAGGGGCCAUGUUGUGGCCUCUUCUCUGUCAUGGGGGGGCGGCUGCUGCACCUGCGGAGGCUGUUUCCAACGCAUGAAGGUCACCAAAGCACCCAACCUACUGCGUGUAGAGAUCCGAGACCCGGUGCUGGAGGACGAGGGUGUGUACCUGUGCGAGGCCAGCAGCUCCCUGGGCAACGCCUCCGCCUCUGCAACUUUGGAUGCCCAGGCCACUGUCCUGGUCAUCACACCAUCACACACGCUGCAGGAAGGCAUUGAAGCCAACCUGACUUGCAACGUGAGCCGUGAAGCCAGCGGCCCUGCCAACUUCUCCUGGUUCCGAGAUGGGGCGCUAUGGGCCCAGGGCCCCCUGGACACCGUGACGCUGCUACCUGUGGCCAGAACUGAUGCUGCCCUCUAUGCUUGCCGCAUCCUCACCGAGGCUGGUGCUGGCCUCUCCACCCCUGUGGCCCUGAAUGUGCUCUAUCCCCCCGAUCCUCCAAAGCUGUCAGCCCUCCUGGACGUGGACCAGGGCCACACGGCUGUGUUCGUCUGUACUGUGGACAGUCGCCCUCUUGCCCAGUUGGCCCUGUUCCGUGGGGAACACCUCCUGGCCACCAGCUCGGCACUCCGGCUCCCCCCUCAUGGCCGUCUCCAGGCCAAAGCCUCGGCCAACUCCUUGCAGCUAGAGGUCCGAGACUUGAGCCUUGGGGACUCUGGCAGCUACCGCUGUGAGGCCACCAACAUCCUUGGAUCAGCCAACACUUCUCUUACCUUCCAGGUCCGAGGAGCCUGGGUCCGGGUGUCACCAUCGCCUGAGCUCCAGGAGGGCCAGGCUGUGGUCCUGAGCUGCCAGGUACCCAUAGGGGUCCUGGAGGGGACCACAUAUCGUUGGUAUCGGGAUGGCCAGCCCCUCCAGGAGUCCACUUCGGCCACGCUCCGUUUUGCAGCCAUAACUCUGAGCCAGGCUGGAGCCUACCAUUGCCAAGCCCAAGCUCCAGGCUCAGCCACCACAGACCUGGCUGCCCCUGUCAGCCUCCACGUGACCUAUGCACCUCUCCAGGCCACACUCACCACCCUGAUGGACUCAGGCCUCGGGCGACUGGGCCUCCUUCUGUGCCGUGUGAACAGUGACCCUCCUGCCCAGCUCCGACUGCUCCAUGGGAGCCGUCUCGUGGCCUCUACUCUACAAGGUGUGGAGGAGCUUGCAGGCAGCUCUCCCCGCCUACAGGUGGCCACAGCCCCCAACACGCUGCGCCUGGAGAUCCACAAUGCAGUGCUGGAGGAUGAAGGCGUCUACACCUGCGAGGCCACCAACACCCUGGGUCAGACCUUGGCCUCAGCCACCUUCGAUGCCCAGGCUAUGAGAGUGCAGGUGUGGCCCAAUGCCACCGUGCAAGAGGGGCAGCUGGUGAACCUGACCUGCCUUGUAUGGACCACGCACCUGGCCCAGCUCACCUACACGUGGUACCGAGACCAGCAGCAGCUCCCAGGUGCUGCCCACUCCAUCCUCCUGCCCAAUGUCACUGUCACAGAUGCCGCCUCCUACCGCUGUGGCAUAUUGAUCCCUGGCCAGGCACUCCGCCUCUCCAGACCUGUCGCCCUGGAUGUCCUCUAUGCACCCCGCAGACUGCGCCUGACCCAUCUCUUGGAGAGCCGUGGUGGGCAGCUGGCCGUGGUGCUGUGCACUGUGGACAGUCGCCCAGCUGCCCAGCUGACCCUCAGCCAUGCUGGCCGCCUCCUGGCCUCCUCAACCGCAGCCUCUGUCCCCAACACCCUGCGCCUGGAGCUGUGGGAGCCCCGGCCCAGUGAUGAGGGUCUCUACAGCUGCUCGGCCCGCAGUCCUCUGGGCCAGGCCAACACAUCCCUGGAGCUGCGGCUAGAGGGCGUGCAGGUGACACUGGCUCCAUCGGCCACUGUGCCGGAGGGGACCCCUGUCACAGUGACCUGUGAAGACCCUGCUGCCCGCCCACCCACCCUCUAUGUCUGGUACCACAACAGCCGUUGGCUGCAGGAGGGGUCGGCUGCCUCCCUCUCGUUUCCAGAGGCUACACGGGCUCAUGCGGGCGCCUAUACCUGCCAGGUCCAGGAUGCCCAGGGCACACGCAUCUCCCAGCCCGCAGCACUGCACAUCCUCUAUGCCCCUCGGGAUGCUGUCCUUUCCUCCUUCUGGGACUCAAGGGCCAGCCCUAUGGCUGUGGUACAGUGCACUGUGGACAGCGAGCCACCUGCCGAGAUGACCCUGUCCCAUGAUGGCAAGGUGCUGGCCACCAGCCAUGGGGUCCACGGCUUAGCAGUGGGGACAGGCCAUGUCCAGGUGGCCCGCAACGCCCUGCAGCUGCGGGUGCAGAAUGUGCCCUCACGUGACAAGGACACCUACGUCUGCAUGGCCCGCAACUCCUUGGGCUCAGUCAGCACCAUGGGGCAGCUGCAGCCAGAAGGUGUGCACGUGGUGGCCGAGCCAGGGCUGGAUGUGCCCGAAGGCACAGCGCUGAACCUGAGCUGUCACCUCCCUAGUGGCCCUGGGCACAUGGGCAACUCCACCUUUGCUUGGUUCCGGAACGGUCGGCAGCUACACACAGAGUCUGUGCCCACCCUUACCUUCACCCAUGUGGCCCGCGCCCAAGCUGGCUUGUACCACUGCCAGGCUGAGCUCCCCGCCGGGGCUGCCACCUCUGCUCCAGUCUUGCUCCGGGUGCUCUACCCUCCCAAGACGCCCACCAUGACUGUUUUUGUGGAGCCCGAGGGUGGCAUCCAGGGCAUUCUGGACUGCCGAGUGGACAGUGAGCCCCUAGCCAGCCUGACCCUCCACCUGGGCAGUCGGCUGGUGGCCUCCAGCCAGCCUCAGGCUGCCCCUGCCAAGCCGCACAUCCGCGUCUCAGCCAGUCCCAAUGCCUUGCGAGUGGACAUGGAGGAGCUGAAGCCCAGUGACCAGGGGGAGUAUGUGUGCUCGGCCUCCAAUGUCCUGGGCUCUGCCUCUGCUGCCACCUACUUCGGAACCAGAGCCCUGCAUCGCCUGCAUCUGUUCCGGCACCUUCUCUGGUUCCUGGGGCUGCUGGCGAGCCUCCUCUUCCUACUGUUGGGCCUGGGGGUCUGGUACGCCUGGAGACGGGGAAAUUUUCACAAGCUGAGAAUGGGCGAAUAUUCAGUAGAGAUGGUAUCUCAGAAGGAAACCACGCAGAUGUCCACUGACCAGGAAGAAGUUACUGGAAUCGGUGAUGAUGCGGGCUCUGUGAACCAGGCGGCAUUUGAUCCUGCCCACCUCUGUGAAAACAGCUCUACAGCACAGUCUGACUUUUUAUGACCUAGCUUCAAACCCCAAGAAAAAUGGGUGUGAAGGUUGGAGGGAUCUCAUCUCUCCAUUUAUCUUCCAAUGCACUGCCUCUUCACAUCUUUCUCCUCCCAGCUCACCCUGGACUUUUGGGAUGGAUUAGAAGAAGAGCUUUCUACAUCCUCACAGGCUGGUCAAGGCACUCAGUACUAGCUAGAAUGUAGGCUAGGCUGCUCUAACAAGACCACCCACAGUAAUUUCAAUGUGAGAAAAUUUGUUCUCUUUCUUAAUAAGUCUGGGUAUAUUACGGUGGUUUAAGGUGCUGGAGCUCUGGAUCCUUCUAUCUUCUUUUUCUCCAUCCCUAAAAUGUUGCCUUUGAUUAUGAAGUUCACAAUGACCCCAUUGUAUUCUCACUCUCUCCAGCAAGAGGGAAGAAUGGAAGUAAAAGGCAUACCCAUUCCCACUGAAGACACCCCUCAGGAGUUGCACCAGUCAUUUCCACUCAACUUCCUAUUGGCUGGAAUUUAGUCAUAUGGCCAUUUCAAACUGCAAGGGAUUCUGGGAAAUGUAGUUUUUAUUAUAUUUCCAAAGGAAGGGAAGACUCAUCCCUGAGACUUUUGACAGUGAUGAGAAAGUUGCCAGCAGGGUGUUGUCUGUCUCAGUGCCCAUCUGCUGAAGGCCAGGGCAUGUUCAUGGCCAUUCUGGUCAAGGGCUUCCUGGAGGAGGUAGUCCCUCUUACACAUUAAGACUGAGGAAAUCAAGAUGUUUUGGUGGUCCCUAAGGAGAAGAAAUGCCAGGCAGUUGGGCUGCCUCAACAGGCAUCUUGUGCCAGAUCUGGCCCCUGGAAGAAGAGGUUUCCCCAUUCCUACACUCACUCUCACCCCCACCCCUAACCCCCAGAGAGUGUGGGGAGCAGACAUGGCAUCAGCAUCUUUGUUUCUAUUCCAAGUGCAUUCCUCUCCAUCAUCAAGUGAGUUCAUAUCCUCUUCCUGGUGGCUUGUGCACUAGGGAUUGUUAAAAUGAACAAGGGUCCCUAAGGAAGAAUAAUGCACCACGGGGAAGUCAGUGCCUGUGAGGAACCAGUCAGGUGUGCUCGUGACUCCCCUGGUAGCCUGGCAGAUGGUGGGAGGAGCAAAGAGCCCGCUGCUGUGGGAUUUGAGUUGAGAAAUGUGCAGAUUCUGGGGAGUUAGCAUAGGAGCUAACAGGUUGGGAAGAAAUUGGAGGCCAGGUGAGCUUUGUGUAGCUGUAGCUGGACCCUUCCUGGGCCCAGAUCCCAUUCUUAUAAGUGCAAAACUCAUCUAAUUGUAUACUUUAAACCGGUUCCUUUUAUGGUAUGGAAUAAAGUUAAUUUAAAAAUCCA